UUCGAUCCUGAACGUCGAAAGAAGUGGCCUGGGCUUAUUGGCCAGUUGGUAUUCUUGUACAAUUGUACUCCACAUGGUACAACUGGAUUGUCACCGUACCGACUUCUGUAUGGACGAGAGCCCAACACCCCACUGGACCAACUCAUAGGGAAUGGACAUGGAGAUUGGGAUGAAGACUUUGUGUCAGAACACUCUAAGUCACUCCAACAGGCCCACAUGUUAGCGCAGCAGAAUAUGGAGAUGAUACAGAAUAGUGAGAAGACGAGGCAUGACGCUCUCCCUAUGAGUUCACCCCUCAGUAUUGGAGCAAGGGUACUACUGAAGAAAUGUGCAUUUGAAGGACGUCAUAAACUUGAAGACAAGGUCUUAAGGGAUCCCUUCAUUGUGACAGCAGUGAACGAGACGGGUGACGUGUAUAAAAUCCGACCCAUGUUUGGAGGACCAAUAAAGGUAGUCAACAGGAGAUUGUUGAUUCCUGACCCACGGGAGGAAAUAGCAAUUCCUACUCCACAGGAUAAGCUAGAGGACCGAGUGAAGUCACAACCAUUGCCCACUUCAGAGAACACUACCCCCUACUUCACCUUCUUGUGGGAACCCUCAGAGCCUGAUAGGCUUACAACUGGUGAAGAGAGACCAGUCACCCUUAAUCAAAAUGGCUCUUGCGGAGAGAAUGAGUCCACUGGUAGAAAUGUUCCCAGUGAAGAAACCAAUGCGGCUGAAGAUGCCAUACUACAGAAUGAACCUCUUGGAGAAGACAGAUCUCAACAUGAUAAUAUGAAUCAUGAGGUCGAGCAUCGGAGGUCUCGUCGGGUGAACAAGGGACAACACAGAAAUCGACUACAUCUCCCAGUAUCGGUAUUACCAAAGUGAAAAAAAAAAAAAAAAAAAGAUUAU